CUUUGUUUCCAGGUGAGAGAGCAGCUACGUGUGGCACUGGAGGGGUGUAGUUUCGUAGAAGAAGAAUUAGGGGCCACACGCAGAGUUCAGCUCCAGACAUCAUCCCAGGAUUUGAUCGGAGGGGGUUUCCUUUUUAUCCAUUGUUUUUAAAACAACAUAUGAAGACUAGCAGUGGGGGCCCUCACAUGUUGCUUCCCUUUCUGAGUUUCAAAGGUGCAGAGCCAGAUGAAAGAGCUCCUGGCUACCCUGUGCACUCUCGUGGCCAAGCUGGAAGAGGACCUAGACAUCUCAAGGAAAGACCUCAUCCUUUCUGAAGCAAUGAACACCAUAUUACAAAGAGAUGUCCGUGAAGCCAUGGCCCAGAAGGAAGACAUGCAAGACAGGAUCACUACCCUUGAGAAGCGCUGCCUCAGGGCACAGCACAAAGCCACCUCUCUGCACGACCUCCAGGAUAAACUUGAAAACGAGAUCGCAAAGAAGGACUCUCUGCAUCGACAGACUGCGGAUCAAAACCGCCAGUUGCAAGAGCGCCUGGAGGUGGCGGAGCGGAAGCUGCAGCAGACCCCGAGGAAGGCCAAGUCGCUGCCCGAGGUGGCAGCCGAGCCGGCCCAGAGGGUGGCCACCCUCUGCAAGUCAGCUGUCGGCCACGAGUAUCAGUCGAAGCUCUCCAAGCACUCGUCCCAGGUCCACUCCAUCAGGGGCAUUCGAGGCAAGUUUGGUGUCCAGGUGGACAGCGUUGACCAGCCAGCCUUCCUGCAUGGGUAUCACUGUGACCCGGUGGUGUUCAGGGCAGACAUGGCAGAGUGCCGCACACGUGCCCGUUUCCAGGGCUAA